AAUUGGCUUUAGUUUUUCUUUAAUCAUAUAAUCCACUUUUCCUCUAUUCACUUGCAAAAGAUGUCUACCCGAUCUACAGGAUACUCUACCAAUGAAGAUAUGGUAUUAUGCCAAGUUUAUUUAGAUGUAUCUCAAGAUCCAAUAAUGGGUAUAAAUCAAUCUAGAGAUAAUUUUGGGGUCGAGUGGAAGAUGGGUACAAUAGUGGAAAGGAUGAGUGUUGGGAGUAUCGUAACAAAAGAUCGUUGGAAUGUCAAAUUAAAGUUAUGGAGAAGGCUAUAAGAAAAUUAAAUGGUUGUGUAUGUCAAGUUAAAAAUUUGCAUCCUAGUGGUGCUUCAGAUAAAGAUAUUGUGAGUAUUUAUUUUGUAAUUUUUUAUACUUUAUUUGUAUAUAUUUACUUACAGUUUCCCUUCAAUUUUUUUAAUAUAUUGCAGAUUAAUCAAGUAAAAUGUUUACUUAUGCAAGAUUCGAACUACAAAAAAGGUUUUAAAUUUGAUCAUGUGUGGGAUAUGAUGAAGGAUUUUGAGAAGUUUAAAGAUGUCGAUGUUGGAGGUGAUUCCACAUCAUCACAACGACCUAUUGGGGUGAAGAAAGCAAAAUUGAAAAGAAAAAUUGAAGAAGAUUUUUCAUCUGCUGUGCAAAUGGUCCAAUCAGAAAAUAAUCGGCUUGUUGAGUUGUUGGCAAAGUCAGAUGCAGACAGACAGCGAGAUUUGGAGAUGAAAGAUAGAGCUUUAAAACUAAAAGAAUUUAAAGAAGAAAAUAAAAUUUUAUUGUCGAAUUUAGAUUCUAUUGGUGAUCCAAAUAUUCGUGCAUUUAUUCGACAAGAACAAAAACGAAUAAUGGAUAAAAGAAGUCAACAAUUUCAACAGCCACAACCACAACAAUCCUCUGCCCCAUACACUCAAUAUUUUAAUGAUAUUGGUGGAUCUGGAAACGACCUACCAGAGUACUAAAUUAUUGUUAUAAUUUUCUAAAUUAUUAUGUUGUUUAAUGUAUUUUCAAUUUUAAUGUAUUGAACAUUGUUAUGUUAUUGAUCA